UUUUUUUUAUUUUGUAUGUGUUUUUUCUUCUAAGCCAAAAUAAAACAUCAUAUUUUCAGUUUAAAGUUUUCAGUCUUUAUUGUAGAUAAAGCUGGACACAGUGUGCAAGAUAGAUAAGCAGCAGAGAUAAUUAAAUAACCUGUAUUUUAACCCAACUUAUAUCAGCAUUGUGACUAAAAAUAAAUCUUGAAAUAUCUCUCAUGACCUCAUCCAUUACAUAGUUAUGGUGAUAAAAUUCAAAAUGGUCUCCUUGUUGAAGAGUUUGGAGAAAUUCUAAAGUUUAUCAGCUGUGUCAAGUAGCAAACUAGUUUUUGUAAGAGUAGGUGAACAUUUGACAUGGCAGUUAAAUGAAUCGUUAUGUUUUAAUGACUCACGAACAUGUCAGACAUAAAUGAGACCAGGCCCUUACUUGGAGUACGUGUAAAUUCACAAGCUUCAUCAUCAUCUCGUAGAAUAAGCAAUGGCAUAAACGGGUCACCACUUCGACGGAAUUUGAGCCAGGAUGUGCCAGCACGGGAUUAUGUUGCGCCAUCAAACAGCUGGCAUGUCCACUGGGCUCUCUUCACCAUUCUCAUGUCCGUCGUGCUUGAGAAAAUCAGUUUCUACGGGCUGACUGGAAAUUUGGUUCUGUUCCUCAACAUGGCGCCCUUCCAGUGGGAAUCAUACCACGCCAUGAAUGCACUGCUCGUGUUCUAUGGAAUAACCUACAUUGUUUCUCUCAUUGGUGGGUGGGUGGCUGAUUCAUGCCUUGGGCGCUACAAAGCCAUGUUGUUUGCCUUCCUCAUCUACAUGAGCGGUCACAUCCUCCUGCCUUUUGUCGCAGAGACGGAUGAUAUAAUUUUUUACAACUUGACAAACACCACAGAUGGAGAUAGUGCAGCCUUACCUAAAGUGUGCAUCAAUCGGAUACCUAGGACUGGGGAUAUUGGCAACCCAUUCCAGGAAAAUUGUUCCUGGUUGAUUUAUGUCACUUUGAUUAUAAUUGGUAUAGGGGCUGGUUCCAUGAAGUCCAGCAUAUGUCCUUUUGGAUCUGAGCAGCUUUCCAGGGCUAACCAGCAGACACAGCUUAGUUUUUUUAACUGGUUCUACUGGUGUGUAAAUAUUGGCAGUUUUAUAGGGCUGGGGGCUGUGGCAUACAUACAGCAGCAGCACAGCUUUCAGAUUGGCUACAUCAUUGGUACAGUCACUCUUGGCUGUUCUUUUCUGGUUUUUAUCAUGGGUCGAUGCUGCUAUGUGAUUCGUCCACCAGAUGGCAGUGUACUGACCAACAUUUUCAGGAUACUCAAAGAAGCCUGGAAGAGGAAGCGCCAAAGAAAGCAGCUCUUGCUGCUAAACAAAAAAUCCAUUUUAGAGGGCAGAUCUCAUGGAGCAGUAGAGGCCAUCACCGGUACAGAAGAAAAGAUCAGUUUUCUUGACCAUGCCAAGCUCAGACAUGGAGGAAUAUUUCAUAACUCUCUUGUGGAUGAUGUUAAAAAACUUGGGAUGAUUCUUGCUGUUUUUGCUGUCCUCAUUCCCUAUUGGUUGGUGUACUUUCAGAUGCAAACGACAUUUCUAUUUCAAGGCCUUCACAUGAAUCUUGGAUUCUCAAAAAAUUCCACAUCUGACAGUCCAGUGAUUGUUGCCGCUUGGUUCAGCCUUUUUGACGCAAUAUUUGUCAUUAUCCUGUUGCCACUGUUUGAUCGAGUGAUCUACCCACGCAUGGCUAAAGCUGGCUACCCCUUUUCAUUCACCAAGCGCAUUGUCAUUGGCAUGCUGUUUGCAAUGGCUGCCAUGAUUGUGGCCGGAGUUGUUGAACAUUUCAGGCUGCAGAGUUUUUGGUCAGGUGGUGAUGGUCCCUGUGGCAACUCAUCAAUUCGCCAGGUCAUAGGCAACACAACAUAUUUUGCUGCGGAAAUGUCAGUAUUUUGGCAGAUACCCCAAUAUGCCUUGAUUGGUAUCAGUGAAGUUUUUGCCAGUGUUGCUUGUCUACAGUUCACAGUUACCCUUGCGCCCAAGUCCAUGAAAGCAAUCAUCACAGGCUUGUACUAUUUCUUCUCCGGGAUCGGAAGCUUGAUGGGGACGGCCAUCUUGACCACUCUGGCCUCGUCUAAAACCUGGUUCUACAAGUACAACUUUGGCAACAUCAACUGCCGGUACAGCUGCCCAGUUGACCCCACCAACCUCUCCAAACUGAAAGUCGUCUCCACGGGUGACUGCCACUUGGACUACUAUUUCUACAUGCUGGCAGGGGUCGACCUGGUGGCCAUCUUUUUGUUCCUUAUUGUGGCCUGGGUGUUCCAGCUCAGCGCUGACCAACUGGCGCUGACAGUCAAGACAAAGGAUGGACCAGGUGAGAAAGGUGGUCAGCAUAUUCAAAGACAGUCACUCGGAGCUAACAUCAGUUAGUUUUAAUUAAGCUUUAACAUGGACCAUAUAUAAGCCAGUUUAAAAAACAGGUAAUAUGUCUGCAUACACUAACCUUAAAAUAACAGUUAAAAUAAGCUAUAUAUUAGGUGCAUACAUUUAAAUGGCAAUUUUAGUUAAAAUAAGGCCGUGCAUAUGGAGCCUGACAAUAGCUAAAACAAGCUCUGACGUGUUGUUAUAUCUUGCUGUGGAAUGUGAAUUGAACUAGUUAUGCCUAGAGAUUCAGGCUUCCUUUGUUGUACAAUAAUUUUUUUUUUAUGUAUAAAUUGUAACAAAACAAUAUAUAACCAGUCAUAUAACUACUUAGUCCUAGAAAAUGUUCAAUAUUAAAUACAGGGUGUUUUAUUCUGCUCAGAUACCAAAAAG